AUGGUCCAGAUCAAAGCUUUCGAGGUAGAAGAGUGGAUGGAUCGUCUGGAGACAACGCCAGGUGCUCUCAACAUUGCCGAAACAUGUUGCGAGUCUGUAUCAAUCAAGGAGUUGACAGAGUUGUCGAUUGACAAGUCGGCCGCCGGUCCCCUUGACAUCGCAACUCGACGAAUGACCUACGGCGCGAUUUACGGAUCAGAGAAGACGCGCCAGCAGAUCGCCAACUUAUACGAAAACGACGUCUCGGGCUCACUUCCUAGUGACCAAGUCAUCAUUACGCAGGGAGCCAUUGUCGCCAACUUCCUCACUCUGUACACGCUCGUCGGUGCGAAUGACCAUGUCAUCUGUGUACACCCGACCUACCAACAGCUGUACGAAGUCCCCAAGAGCUUGGGCGCUGAAGUGAGCCUCUGGAAAUUGAAGAGUGCAAAUGGGUAUGUCCCGGACGUCCGCGAGCUUCAAGAGCUGGUACGAGAGAAUACCAAGAUGAUCAUCAUCAACAAUCCUAAUAACCCGACUGGUGUUACCACGCCCAAGCACGUUCUCGAAGACAUAGUCGCAUUUGCCAAGUCGAGAAACAUCAUCGUCAUGGCCGACGAGGUAUAUCGACCGCUCUUCCACAGCCUCCCUGCAGGAGAGAGCAUGCCCCCGUCAAUCCUGUCCCUAGGAUACGAACGAACCAUUUCUACUUCGAGCAUGUCGAAAGCUUUCUCUCUUGCCGGUAUCCGCCUGGGAUGGAUUGCUUCUAGAGAUCCUGAGAUCAUCAAAGCCGUCAAGAGUGCGCGGAACUACACGACCAUCAGCGUCUCGCAGCUCGACGACCAAGUGGCCGGCUAUGCUCUCUCGGAUGCGGUCAGACCAAAUCUCAUGCACCGAAAUAUCGAGCUUGCAAGGACGAACCUCCAGAUUCUUGACGACUUUGUAAAGAGACACCAAUCUAUUUGCUCCUGGGUCAAGCCCACGGCUGGCACAACGGCAAUGAUUGGCUUCCAAGUAGGUGGUAAACCAGUUCAAGAUGACGAGUUCUGCCUUGCAGUACUGGAAAAGACUGGAGUUCUGAUUAUGCCUGGGUCUACUUGUUUUGGCGAGGGCGUUGAUUUCAAGGGCCAAAUGCGCUUUGGUUAUGUGUGUCGCACAGAAGUGCUGAAAGAAGGCUUGGAGAGACUGAGCGUUUACCUGGCGAAAAGUUUCCGCUGA